GGAAACAUUUUCUAUUUCAACCCACACUCUUCUGGUAGACGUUACUCUUCUUCGCCCGGAGCUACUUUCUUGCAAACAUGCGUGAGUGUAUUUCUGUUCAUCUUGGUCAAGCCGGUGUCCAGAUUGGAAAUGCUUGCUGGGAACUUUACUGCCUGGAGCACGGUAUUCAGCCUGAUGGACAGAUGCCUUCAGACAAGACCAUCGGAGGUGGUGAUGACUCGUUCAACACGUUCUUCAGUGAGACUGGAGCCGGGAAACACGUUCCUCGAGCUGUGUUCCUUGACUUGGAGCCAACUGUUGUUGACGAAGUGAGGACUGGAACCUACAGACAGCUCUUCCAUCCUGAGCAGCUCAUCACAGGAAAGGAAGAUGCAGCAAACAACUACGCUCGAGGUCACUAUACCAUUGGAAAAGAGAUUGUUGACCUCUGCCUUGACAGAAUCAGGAAACUAGCUGAUCAGUGCACUGGACUUCAAGGAUUCCUUGUCUUCCACUCUUUCGGUGGAGGCACUGGAUCUGGGUUCACCUCCCUUCUCCUGGAGAGACUCAGUGUAGACUACGGAAAGAAAAGCAAACUAGAGUUUGCUAUCUACCCUGCUCCCCAGGUCUCCACUGCUGUUGUAGAACCAUACAACUCCAUCCUCACUACUCACACCACCUUAGAGCAUUCCGACUGUGCCUUCAUGGUCGACAACGAGGCCAUCUAUGACAUCUGCCGACGAAAUCUGGACAUUGAGAGACCAACGUACACCAACUUGAACAGACUGAUGGGACAGAUUGUAUCCUCCAUCACUGCUUCUCUCCGAUUUGAUGGUGCUCUGAACGUUGAUCUGACUGAGUUCCAGACUAACUUGGUGCCCUACCCCAGGAUCCACUUCCCUCUGGCUACUUAUGCUCCAGUCAUCUCCGCUGAGAAGGCUUACCACGAGCAGCUCUCUGUUGCUGAGAUCACUAACGCCUGCUUUGAGCCAGCUAACCAGAUGGUAAAAUGUGACCCUAGACACGGCAAAUAUAUGGCUUGCUGUCUUCUCUUCCGGGGAGAUGUUGUCCCCAAAGAUGUCAACGCUGCAAUUGCUACCAUAAAGACCAAGAGAACCAUCCAGUUUGUCGACUGGUGUCCCACCGGGUUCAAAGUUGGCAUCAACUACCAGCCACCAACUGUUGUUCCUGGAGGAGAUCUGGCUAAGGUACAGAGAGCAGUGUGCAUGUUGUCCAACACCACUGCCAUCGCUGAGGCCUGGGCUCGUUUAGAUCACAAGUUCGAUCUGAUGUACGCCAAGAGAGCCUUUGUCCACUGGUACGUAGGAGAGGGUAUGGAGGAGGGAGAGUUCUCCGAAGCUAGAGAGGAUCUAGCUGCUCUGGAGAAGGAUUACGAAGAGGUUGGUGUAGAUUCUGUUGAGGGAGAGGGAGAGGAGGACGAUGAAGAAUACUAAACUAUUUUCAGACAACUUUAUGUAUGAGAUUUUGGAGAGGUUUGCUGUUUAUCAGUCUCAUGAUAAGAUAAUGGUUUUAGGGAUAAUAUCCAGUAAUAGAGACUAGGUAGGACAAGUGAAACUACUGUUUAGGAGGAAACUCGAGCUUUCAGUGUGCUACACUUUCAUCAGGCUCAAUAAAUGUAUUUAAUUGUAGUUGUGAAAUAAGUUUAAACUGAAAAAAAAAAUGAGUUUUUUAAAUCAGAGAUUUGUUAUAUAAAGCUACGGUUGUUUUGCAGCGUUUUAGAGCUCCGAUGUUUCUUACAAUGAUAAUCAGAUUCACUUGUCCUACCUAGUCUCUACUACCGGAUAUUAUCCCUAAAAUCAUUAACUUUAUAUAUAUUUAUAAAUUGUAUUUAUUUAUAUUUUGACCCGAACUGUGCAGAUGUAUUUGCUAAUGCUGUUUAUAAGUUUUGCCAAAUAAUGAAAUCUUCUUUAUCC